UCUUAAAUUCAUUCCAAAUACGAUGAAAUGAAAAAGUAAAUUAAUUUAUUUUAAUAUAAAAUAGGAGAUAGUAAUAAGUUAGAGAAAAUAUUUACACAUUUAUUACUGACAUUUAUAAAGUAGUUACUUUAUAAAUGUCAGUUAGGAGACAUUGGUGGUUAACUGUCGAUUUAUCUCACUUCUUAUUUUACAAAAAUAAUAAAACUGUAAUUAGACGAUGUCUAAAUGUGGGAGAUAUUCGACAAAAAUUAAUAUGAGAGAUCUUAAUAAGAUCAAUAGAUGCUAAAACUAUAUUUUUUAGAAAUUGUGUCAAUUGAAUUUUCUGUAUGCUGGAUUUAUUCUGGAUUUACCCAAAAACUACUACACUAAAUUAGAUACAGUUUUCACAGUUGUAUUCCUGAAGGUCUAACUUAAAAUCUGGUGGCGGUGAUAAAGCAUUAUCAAUAAUAGUAACAGAAUUUUUUUUUUUUUUUUUUUUUUUUUUUUUUUUUUUUUUUUUUUUUUUUUUUUUUUAUAGAACUUAGAAUGGCAAACAAGCUGACGGCCCACCUGAUGGAAAGUGGUAACCGUCGCCUAUAGACAUGAGCAGUACCAUGGACAUAACAGAGUAUACUGUUUCGCCCAUGAUACCCCCCAUGCGUUGCCAUUCCUGAGGACUCAGGUGUUAUUCCUCUGUACCCAGUAAAUUCACGCCAUAUCCCACCCUUCAAACCGAAACACAGCCAUGCAAACACAACUGCUUCACGGUUGAAACACGAAUGGGACAGAGGUACCCAAGCAAUCGACUUUUGUACAAAGUCUCCCUCUGGUAAAUACACGUCACCUAGAAAUAGUCUAUUUCAUUGAUUUUCCUACUUCUAAAAUCCACAUAUACGAAGUAGCGGGAAAAAAGCUAGUCAUUUAUAUAGAUACUCCACGUAUUUCUCUGUGCUAACCCACGAUGGCACCUUGAAAGCUGGUCUUUAUGUCGCUAAUGAGAUGUGAUUUUUCAACCCCUACCUCGCUGUAGUCAUGUGUCGUUCACUAUAAAAGUUGCCCAAAUUGGUACAUUGUGUCAUUCAAUAGUCUAAAUUCGUCAAAGGAACUAUUACAAAAUGAAGACUAUAAUUUGUGUCGUUUUCCUCGUCGCCAUCACAGUAGCGGAGCCACCACCCUCGCCAUCACUUAGUUACCUACCACCGUCUACUGGUAACCAUGGAGGUCCAUACCAGGGCACUGGACCACAGUUGGUGUCCGCCAGGACCCUAGAAGGACAUAGCCAUAACCCGCAUGCUCAUCACGGUGCCCAAGCCAAUGGCUUCGCUAGGAGUAGCCCACACGGUCACGGCCAGGGCAGGUUCGCAGGCAACAGUGACCAAGGUUACGAUCGUAACGCGGCUCCAUUCGGCAGAAACGGACUCGACGAUGCCAACCCUGAACCCGCGAACUACAACUUUGGAUAUAUGGUGAAUGAUUAUCAAGAAGGUACUGAUUUUGGUCAUCACGAGGAGAGGCAGGAUGAGAGAGCUAUGGGAGAGUACCAUGUUGUAUUACCUGAUGGCAGGAAGCAGACCGUGAGCUAUGAAGCGGACGAGCGGGGUUUCAAGCCUCAAAUCUCGUAUGAAGACAGCGAAUCCGAUGCUCAUGGCCGCUCCAAUGGCUACGACUCCAACGCGAACAACGUUCGCAGUAAUGGCGGCGGUCACCAUGGCAACGGGCGUGGUUACUGACUCAAUGUCAACCUUCUUAGCCUGAUGUUAGGGUACUUUUUACAAUGUGUUUUGUGAUACUCUCGUUUAGGUAUUUAUUUUUUCUCAAAACGGCACACGCAAGUACAAAUCUGUAUAGUUAUUAAGUGGCAGAAUAUAAAAUAUAUAAAAAAAAAUUGUUAACAGCCAGAGGAAGUUAUUAUCUAUUAAAAUUUUAUGAAUAAAAUGCUUGUACCUUUAUGUCUAAGUGUUUUAUUUUCCAAAUUUGCAAGAAUAUU